CCAGUCGCCACUCCGGAGUUUGUCCCAACGCAUGUCAGUUGUGGAUUGUGAUAAACAAAAUAAAAUUGAAACUGGUUAAGAUGAGGAUACGCAUUGAAGAUGUCUGCCUUGCCCUGGCCAUCGUAAAUGCAAUCACCACAGGACUGGCCCUGUUGGGGAGCCUUGUCUUGAUGUUCAUAUUUAUCACCAGUGCUUUAAGCCAGACAAAUUAUACAGGUGAUGGCAGCAGCCAAGAAAUAUAUCAAAAUAUCGUAUCAGAUGAGGUCUUCAACACGUUUUUCGGGACCUUUAUUGCCAUACUGGUGCUGGGUUCACUCAUCUCCUUCAUCUUUUCUGUGCUUCUUUGCAACGGAAUUUCCAACCGCAAGGCAGGGCAAGUAAAGGCCUACUUCAUCUACGGCGUGAUAACGACAGCCAUGGCGGGCCACGUCACAGCCGCGGUACUGUUCGAUGGUCGUGACAUACAGACCGGCCUACUGUCCCUACUCGGCUGUGUCCUCCAGUCGCUGUUCCUCGUACUAGUUUACAAGACUUACACGAAGCUGGGCAGAGAGGCGAUGUUCAAGAAUCACUCCCGUCUGAUAGAGAGCUAAUUAGGCGGUUGUUGUAACUGACAAGUCCGGCACAGAAGAUAUA